CGCAGAUAUACAAAACUCACGAGGAAGAGCCGAAGCUUGAAGAGGCGUGCUCUAUGUAACACAACUGAACUCUCUAAUCUCAAUUAUUUCUUCAAGUUUAAUUAACUUCAAUAAUGCGAUCUACGUUAUUGAAAAGAAGACAUUAAUAGUGUGUUUUGAAGGAAUAUUGGUAAUGGCUACUACUGAAAACAUGGAAUCCAGUUCCCCUGAGUACAAAGGGGACCAUGGUGCAGCUGACUCGGAUUCCAAGGUUCCACAUAAAGUCCUUUAUUGUGGUGUGUGCUCUUUGCCAACAGAGUACUGUGAGUAUAUGCCAGAGCCAGCAAAAUGCAGGCACUGGCUGGAGAAGAACUUUCCAGAUCUCUUUGCUAGGCUGACUGUAGGCCCCCAGGGGAACAUACCGAAACUGGAGGUUGUGACCGGAGAGGAACCACCAUUAGUUGAAGAGGAGGAGAGGAAGAAACAGAAGCGAGGUGGAAGAGGCCAGAUUAAACAGAAAAAGAAAUCGGUACCACAGAAAGUCACAAUAGCAAAGAUCCCGCGGGCAAAGAAGAAAUACGUCACAAGAGUGUGUGGCCUACAAACGUUUGACAUCGAGCUUAAGGAUGCCCAGCGGUUCUUUGCCCAGAAGUUCUCCUGUGGAGCUUCGGUGACGCCGGAGGAUGAGAUCAUUAUUCAGGGAGACUUCACAGAUGACAUCAUUGAUGUCAUUCAGGAAAAGUGGCCAGAGGUGGACGAUGACAGCAUCGACGAUUUGGGAGAAGUCAAGAAGUGAAGAUCUAAUAUGCACUUUUACUGAUUAUGGAUGUGACAUGUAACAGCAAAACCUUGGCCAAAUGUACACGUUAACAUUAAAAAAAAAAGAAUCAUUUUA